UUUGAUUUAUUCGCCAGUCUAGUAGGCCAUCCUGUCGGUUUCUCAAUCUCUGUCUUCUGAAACAUAUUAUUUCUCCAUGAAAAGCAUGGGGGCAGAACAAUCGGCUUUAUGGGCUUCCACACAAUUCGGACAGCCCGAAGAGACCUUAAAACUGGUAAAUUCGGAAUUGUUUUUUAGUUCGUAUUUCGAAAAAAUGGCAAAGCCCAAGACGGGUCCUGUGACACAAGCUCUACUGCGUUUGGUGGAAAACAUGCCAAAAAGAAGAGAAUCAUUUGUAAAAGGUGCAGCUGCACCACAAACGAAUAUGAGUUCAGGAAAGAAUGGAGAGGAAGAUGAUGAUUUCGACUACAGUGAUGGUGGCUUCGUAAUAGAUUCCAUGGCACACAUAGAGGAAGAGAGGUACGACGAUCACCUGGACUUGGAGCCUCUGCAGAUAGCCGAAUUCGAGUCCACGGAUGAGUAUGAUAUAGUCGCUGAGCCAGUUGACCCUUGUCCAAUGCAAGAUGCCCUGCCGAUGUUCGAGUUGAAUGUGGAUGACUUUUGAGCAAAGGAACUAAAUAUUAAUU